AUGAAUUUAUCAUAAAAUCUUCGUUAUGGGUCUUUUAUAAGAAUAGCUGGAAAAGGGAUAAGUGGAACUAAAGGUAUUAUAACUUCCAAAGGGUAACACCAUCAAAUAUUGAUCUGUUAGUUUUUUCGAUCAUGCUGUUUAUUUCUAAACCUAUGAAGAUAUGGAUGAUAUCAAUAAUUUUAGAGACGGAAUCUUUUAAAUAUUACCUCGAGGAAGCUUUGAAAUUCAUGAUGAAUAUUUGAAAGGAUUGUAAUGAAAUUGUCUAAUAAUCGUAGGGAUAAAUCACCAAGUUUACAAUAGAGAAUGAAAUCUGAAAAGGAUUAGUAUUUCAACAUGAUUGAUAAUAAAAUGAAUGAAGAAGUUUAUUUCAGGUAUUAAUUUGAAAAAUAAUUUUGUGUAGUUCAGAAGUAAUAUUUUAACAUGUUGAAUCCGGACAGUAUUUAGCCUGUUCGGAGGAAUGCAGUGAUUCAAGAAGUGAUAGCUUUGGAUUAAAACUAUAGUAAUUUUUAUCCAGCAGAAUAAUAUUCAAAAUGGAGCCUAGUAAAAGUUAUUAACAAACUGGAAGACCAAUUAUUUCCAAAUAAUCAGUCAAAAUCCAAUCUGAUGUAACUAAAUUUUGGAUUGAUAAAAAUAUGAGAUCACCAGUAUAAUUAGAUCAUAAAUCGACUUAAGCUGGAUUGAAAAUAUAAUUAAGAGCAUUAUAAGAAGAUUCUCAUAGAUAUGAAUUAAUUGUUAGCCAUUACUCUGAUAGUGAAUGGAAAAUAUAAUUAUAUGAUAAUUAUGAGAAGCAUUAACUCAACAAAUUAAAAUUAAAAACUAAUGAAGUUGUUACUUUUAAAUGUCCUAAAAAUGAAGCAUAUUUAGGAGCAGAUUUAUAAAACAAUGCUAUAGUUCUUAAACCAACUUAACACAACUAAUAAAUUCCUGUAGAAUGUUUAUGGGAGUUGUAAUUUCAUGAUAAACCUAAUAGUGAAUUACCAACUAUAACAUUAUAACCAAGAACUUUAGCAGCUAUACGUCAUUCAUUUUUAGGAUAAAAUAAUUUAUUUGUUCCUAAUGCUAAUCAAUAAUAUAAUUAAAAAAAUACAACAGAAAAUUAAUAAUACAAUAAUCAAUCAAAAUUAAAAAAAAAUAUAUCAAAAUAAUUAAGAUUAAGACAUAUAAUGACUGGCAAAUUAUUAUUUUGCUAAGAUCUAUUUGAUUCUGAUGAUUGUUUUCCUGCAAUAUUAUCUGAUGAGUCAUGCACUAUAGGUUUACAAUUGGCUAAUAGAUAUGAAAGAGAAUUUAUGGAUUCAUCCUAUGUUAAUUUAGUUCGAGAUGAUAAUGUUUUAACAUCGAUAACAACAAAAUAAUCAAUGAAAACAUCAAGUGAAGUACGAAUUAAGAAAUCUGAGAAAAUUCAAGGAACAGAUGGAUUCUUUAAAUAAUUAAUAUAAGAAAAAGAUAGUAUUAAAUGUGGUUUCAGAGAUCGAGCAUUUAGUAAACCAUUUAUUAUUCAAAGAGUCAAAUAAACAUUUUUUAAAUUAGUGUUACAACCAUUUUCAGCCUAUGAUUAAAUGCUAUACUUUGUACAAUAAUUAAAAGUAAAUGCUGUAAACUUUCCUUAUGUUAUUCCUCCAGAGCGAAUGUUAUAAAUUUAAUUUUUAUUGAAUCGAUUACAUGAAUAUUUAAUGGAUAAAAUUGAUAUAAGUGAUGAGAAUGUUGAUGAUUUACCUAUUUUUGAAAGAUAAAUAAUCCUCAAAGAACUUUAUUUCACUGAAAUAUUGGUAGAAUUAUUAUAUCAUUUAUGUUAUAAAAAAGGAACAAAAAAAUUAUAAGUAUGGAAAAAACAAAAAGAAAAUAUUCAAACCAUUUUUUCAUCAACAUAUUAACUAUUGACAAAGCUAGUCUAAAAUAAUAUUGUAACUAAACUUUAUGCAUCCUAAUGGCUUGAAAUGUUUCUACAUUAAUAUAUGAUUUUAAAUUAACCAGCCAUCUAAUCUUUUUUAUCUGAAAUGUUAGAUAAUAAUAAAGAAGCAAUAUAGAAAUUUUUAAAUGAAAAUAUUAUCAAAAAAUUAAUAGAGUUAAUUACAUAAUAAUCACCUCAUGAUAAAUAUCUAAAAAUCUUAAAUGCAAUUUGUAUUUCAAGCAAUUAAGCAAUUAGAGAAAAUUAAAAAUUAGUUCUAGAAAACUUUUUUAAAGUUGCUGCUCCAAGUAUAUAAUUUUAUUUAUUAUUAUUAUUUAGAUUUUAAAUUUGAUUUUAAGAUAAAAUAAGGUCAUAUUUACAUUCAAUCUGCAGAAUAAUUAACAUAUUCUAGAUGGUAGAAUUUAGAGUAAUUCUAUAAAUCUAGUUUGAUGAAUGAUAAUUUAGAAUAUUGGAAUUAUUUUAUAAGUUAUUUUGAUUUAUUAGGAGAUGUUGCUAUGAAUAGAUUUGCAUAAGCUAAAGAAUUUAUUGAUGAAAAUUAUUCAUUAGAAAUAUUUUGUAAGAUUUUAUAUGAAGCAUAAUCAUUUCACAUGUUCAAUUUAAUGAAACCUUUUUUAAAGUUAAUUCGAUAUGCUUAUAUAGAUACUCCACCUUUCUAAAAAUUUAAGAAAUUAAGAGUGGUUUAAUUUAAGGAUUUACAAGGAGAUUUUAUUGAUCAUUCAACAAUGUUACCAAAAACAAGUCCAUUAUUAGAUGUCAUGGGAUUUUUAUUAUAAUAAUUAGAAAAUAUAGAUUAAUUACAUAAUAAUCUUGAAUAUUCAAAAAACUUAUAAUCAGUUCUAUAAUUACUUAAAUGUUCAAUAGAAAUGUAAUUUUGGGUUGAUAUGGAUUAAAUAAAAGUCAUAUUAACCGCUAUGUAUAACAUUUGUUCAAGUAUAAAGAAUUUUAAAAUGAUAAAAGAUUAAAUUGAAUCUCCAAAUAUUUAACCUAGCUCAAAAAGUAUUAUUCAUUUAAGUAAUAUGUAUUAAUAGUCUGAAGAGAAAGAAACACAUUUUCAUAAAAAAAUAAAAUCUACUAGAUUAAAUGAAACAAAUAAUAUUUAUAUGACAUGUAAACAAUUAGCUUGUGAAAUUAUCAAUACUAUUUUUGAUCUAGAAAAUAACAUUAGAGUAUUUAUGUGUUCCAAAUUAUUUAAAGAAUAAUUAUUAUAAUUAGAAUUAGUAGAUCCUAAUUUAGCUAAUAUCAAUAAUAAUCAAAAAAGUAUAAAGACAAGUAUAGAUGUAUAAAAAGUACCUAAAAAGAAUAAUUCCAUAAUAAAAGUUAUAUAAUAAAAGUUUAAGAAUUAAAAUAUUGCUGAAGAUAAAAGCAUAUAUGAUAUAAAUAUUUGGAUUAAUUAAUUUAGAUAAAUAGUUUCUGAUAGAUCUCUAUCUAAUUUUGAAAAUUUUGAAUUGAUAUUUGCAGAAUUAUCAUUUUAUGAAAAUCUCUAUUUACCAAAAUAUUCAUUAGAAAUUUUAUCUAGAGCAUAUGGAUAAAGAAAAGAGUUAAUAUAAAACUUUGAAAAAGUUAUAAUUGUUGUUUCAGGAAAAACUCAAGAAUUAAGUUUGUUGGCAAAAUAAAUCAUGAAAAAAUUAAAUAUACUAUAUUAAUCAGAGUUUUAUACUAUGUAUAAAGAAACAAGUAAUAAUAUAAGAACUAGUUUAAUUUGGUAUCAUUCUAAUGAACAUUAGAAGGCUGGUCUUAUGUAAAACUUAUUUCAAUUAGGAUUGUAUUUAAAAAAGGAUUUUGAUAAAGGAAGGUCUUUGAAUCCUUUGAAUUUUGAUGAUUAUAAACCAGAAAAUAAUACUACUAUAGCAUUUUGUGAAAGAGAAUAAAAUUACAAAUUACAUUAAGCAAUUUUAAUAGCAGAAGAAAUUCACAUUCCUUUAUUAGAAUAUAUCUAUAAAUUUAGUGUAGAUUAAUCAGUCAUCUAUUGGAAAUUUUUACAUUCAAUUUAUGAUUUUUUAACAAUUCUUAUUUGGAACAAUUCAGAAAAUAAAUAAAUAAUCAUAAAAAACAAAUAAUUGAUGCUCAGUCUAGAAUAACAUUUAAAAUUUAAUGUUGGAGCAAUUGAUUUUUUGAAGGCUUUAUAUGCAAAUAAUAAACCAUUGUUGUUUAGUGAGAGGGAAAUGACAUUUAUAUUACACUCUGUAGCACCUGUAUGCAAUGAAUAAUCUAUAAAUUGCUAUUUUAAAUCUAAAACAUUAGACUUCAUGAAAGCAUUAUUGAUGUUCAAUUCAAAUUACAUUACAUCAAACUAAACUGUUAUACUUUAGAAAUUGUAAGAGAAAUAAUUUAACAAAAUAAUUUUACAAUUUAAAAGAUAUGAUGAUUAAACUCCUGUAUCUCCUGAAGAGAACAGUUUUAGUGAUGUCACUUCUUCUUAAGACAGUUAAAUUGAUUAAGAAACUAUGAUAUCAGAUGUAGUAUUUAAAAAUUGGAUUGAUUAAUAUCAAAAAAGUUAUGAAAAUAUUGGCUAUGGAUUUCAUGAGUUGUAUAUAUCCCCAGAAUUAACAUAUCUAUACACCUUUUUUUCUGUGUUUAGUUAAUUAAUUGAGGAAAAGCAUUUGAUUAAUAUGAAAAAAUGUUUGAAAAUUCAUAAAUUUAAUGAUUUAAUAGUACUGUUACAUUUGGCUCAAGAUUGUUGGCCUUUGAAGAGACAUCUUCGAGCAUAUAUCAAUCGUUUGUAUUAUAGUAAAGUAAGUGAUCAUUUUGAUUUAAUUAUAAAAAUUGAUUUGGUCAUUAUGAUUGAUGAUUUAUAGAAGAUUAUAGACUAUUUAAUAUUGCCAUAACAUUCAUAUAUGACAAUGACUAUUAUUAAAGCUCCUAUUAGAUAUAAAUAUUUAAUGAGUUAUAUCUAUUUGAAUUUGGAGGAGAUAUUAAUAUCAUUAAAUAGUUUAUUUUUAAAUGAAUAGUUUCUUGAGUAUUUAGAAGAAUUAAUACUUUUCAAUUAGUAACAUUCAAUUUACAGAUUGCAUUUCUAAUUAUUUGAAAUUUGUUAAAAGCUUUUAAUAAUUGAAAAAAUAUAUAUAAAAGAAAAUUUGGGUCAUUUAUGUUAAUUAUUAUUAGAUGUAUUUUAAAGUAUAAUAUCAGGAUUUGAAGUUAAAAUAUUGUUAAUGAGAGAAGGUUUAUAUAUAAGCAUGGUUGAGGAAAUGCUUUUAUCUUAAUACAUCAAGUAGACAAAUCAAUAGGAUCUUACAAAAACAUAAGUAAAUAAAUUACAGUUGAUAUAAAGAAAUAGGGAAAUUUAUAAAUAAAUGUAAUAGAAUAGUCAUGAUUCAUCUGUCAAAUAAUAUUUGGUUCACUAAGUAUUUUAAUUAGAUUAAUAAUUUAUUAAAGAAAGUAGAUUAAAUAACACUUUAGAAUUUUGGAAGACUUAAUCUAAAUAAAGGAUUAAAUCAUUUAAAUAAGAUAUGAAUGAUUUAAUAAAUCAUAAAUUAAGAAGAAUUAUGAAUAAUUGGAGUUUUAUACCUUAAUUUUCAUAAUUUCUUGAUGAAGAAUUUUAUGAAGUAUGCAAUAAAUUAUCUUCAAUUGGUGAAUAAUCAUAAAAUGCUUAUUAAACAAAAUAUGAAGUUACAACACUUUAAGAUUAUAUAUAAAAUAUUAUUUCAAUUUGUGCAAAUACUAGAGAAUAAUAAUUUUCUGAUGAAAUAAGGAUUUUCUUUUUAAGAUUACUGAGUAGAUUAAUUACAGAAAAGAAUUUAAGUAAUAAAUAAAAAAUGGUUGAAGUUGAUCUUUGGACAAGUGAAUUUUGGAUUGAUUAUAAAUCAGAAAUAAAUCAUGCUUAAAAUCUUCUUGCAAAAUGUGGUGCAUAAGAUUUAAUCUUAUUAAUUUUAUCAGAAAGUUUUUUAGAAAUUAAUUUAUCAUUAUUAAAUGAAUGUUUAUUAUUUUCAAUUGCAUUUUUAUUAGGAGGUAAUACAUAAGCUUAAAAUGCAAUUUUAUUAAAAUUAAAAUAAGAUUCAUAAAAUUAAAUAUUAACAAAUAUUAAAAUUAUCAUAACUAAAUUAACUAAGGUAAUUAAUAAUAACUUUUCUAUUGUUACUUAUAAUAAUACUAAAGGGUGUGAUUUUAUUUAGACAGUAGAUAAUUUUGACUUUUAUAAUACAAAUACUAAAGUAAUGUAAAGAUUGAAUGUUGUUGAUCCUGAUGAUUUUAAGGAAACUAAUUUUAAAAAAUAAUGUUUAGAUGUAUUAUGUCGAUUCUUUAGAGUAAUGUAAUUACUUUGUGAAAAUAAUAAUAGUGAAAUGAAAGAAUUUUUAAGAAGAUAAACUGAUGAUGUAUAUUGAUAUAAUAUAUUAUUAUAGUAAAAUAUAGCAAGAAUAAAUUCAAUAAAUUUUAUUGAAUUUACAAGUGUCCAAUUAAGAGCAUAUUUAAAAAUAUUGUCUAGAGCUAUCAUAAUCAUUCCUGCAUCAAUUCUUGAUUUUAUUAAUGAAGUAAUUUAACUACCUUGUAUUGAAAAUUAAAUCACUUUAUGUCAUACUACCUUUUUCGAAGAUGUUAGUAAUAUGGCUCAUUUCUUUGCUAAUAAAUCUAAUCAACUUUAAAGAUUAUUUGAUACUGAAGAUGACUUAUAAGAAUUGUAAGAAUUAUUUAACAAAAUUUUAUAAACAGUAUUGUUGGUUUUAGAAGGUAAUGAAGAAAAGAUUUACAAGGAUAUAUAAAAUAAAUUAGAAGCUUCAUUUUUAAUAAGCUUUUUAAGUUUAAGUUUUGAACAACUUAAUAUUGAAAACAUAAACGAUUUAGAAAUGUAAUAGUUCAUUAAUAUAUAAUUUUAGUUAUUUGUUAUAAUAAGAUAAGAUUUUUAAUUCAGAUAUGCUUAGAAUCUUAAAUGUAUGUAUUAUUGAAUAAAAAAUGGCUUCUUACUAACAAAGUAGAUGGAUAUAAUAAUUUCAUGAGUAAUUAAGUGUAAAUCCAACAAUAAAAGAUAUUUAUGAUAAUCUAAUAGUUUUAGUAUAAUAAUUUAUUAUAUAAUAGAUUCAUCAUAUAGAAAUAGUCUAUGAAGGUAAAUCCAUGACAGUAUUUUUUCCUUAUCAUCCCCUUUUUAAUUUAUUAUCAGAAUCAUCAAAAUAAGAUUUAUUGUUUUAAAUAAAUAGAGAAACUUAAAGAGAUAAAUUGUUAGGUUUACUUAGUGCAACAAAUAUUUUAUUUUAUGAAUUAGAACACAAUUAUAAAUUAAAUCAUUAUAGAAUACCAAUAACUUAAAAUAAUUUGAAUGUAAUGCAAAAUUUAUCCUCAAUCUUAGCCUUACUUAUAAAUUUAUCAAUGGUAUUAUUUUUAAUAUUGAUAAUUAGAUAUUUUUCUAUACAGUUGUAGUAAAAGGGAAUACUUAUUUGUUAACAUCAACUUUGUACAAUUCUUUAAUUAUAAAAAUGCUAUCUGUAAGUUAAUUAUUCUCAUAAAUUAUCUUAUUUAUAAUGGUUAGUUUUUAAAGGAUUCCAAUUUAUUUAUAAAAAAAUAGUAAAGGCAAUGAUAAAUUAAGUCUGUUAUUAGUUAUAAUUUAGGAGGAUACUUGUUUAUUAUUGUUUCUAUUGGUUUUAUUGUCUUUUUUUGGGGCAUUCAUUAAUAGUACAGUGUUUGUAAUUCAUCUUGUUGAAAUAUUUAGUCGUGUAACUAUAUUAAAAAAUGUGUUUUAAGCUAUUAGUUAUAAUGCUAAACAAUUAUUAGUUGUUGCUUUCUUAGGAGUAUUAUUUGUAUUUGCCUUUUCAGUUAUAAGUUUUAGUGUUUAUUUUGAUGAUAUAUAUUAAGAGGAAUAGACUGAAACAUGUGAUUCAUUAAUUACUUGUAUGAUAACCCUUAUAACUUCUGGUGUAAUUGGUAAUAGUAUGAUUAAUUGGGAUCCUUUAAAAUUCUUUUUUGAUAUGCUUUUUACAGUAUUUUUUGGAUUACUCUUUACAAAUAUUGUUUAAGGUAUUAUGAUAGACACUUUUGCAGAAUUAAGAGAUUAAAGAUCAAAAAUAGAAGAAGAUAUAAAAAAUAGAUGUUUUAUAUGUGCAGCAUAGAGAGGUGAAUUGGAAAAUAAAAAUUAAUCAUUUGAAUAGCAUAUUUAAGAAAAACAUUUAAUUUGGAAUUAUGUAUUUUAUGUUAAAUGUUUAUGGUUAAAAGAAUGGACUGAAUAUACUGGAUUAGAAUAUUGGAUAUAUGAAAAGAUAAAAUAAGAUGAUACAAGUUGGUUUCCAGAAUCAGUCAUUGAUGGCAAAAAUAUAACUGAAAGAUUGGAUUAAUUAGAAAAUUUAUUAUCAUAAGUAAUUGUUUAUUAAGAGAAUAAUUCAGGAUGA